CAUUUCCUCAGCACUUUCAUUUUCUCUCUUUUAUCUCUUCAAUCUCGCCUCUGAAACUCCGUCGGCGUCCCUCCCAUGGCUUCCUCUGUUGCUCCGGUGUCGAUCUCAGGUGGUUCACAUGUUAAGGCUCAUGAAGUUUGGUCUGCAAAGUCUAAUAAGCUUGCGAAAACAUCAAGUUUGGCAGUUGGGAGGAAAUCAAACCAACUGCCUUCCAACCGCAAGUUUGCAGUUUGUGCAGAGUACCGAGACAGUAAUAGGGGUGGGGGAAGUGAUUUUGUUGCUGGUUUUCUUCUAGGAGGUGCUGUGUUUGGAACAUUGGCAUAUACUUUUGCUCCUCAGAUCAGAAGGGCCUUGUUGAAUGAAGAUGAAUACGGAUUUCGGAGACCCAAGCGACCAGCAUAUUAUGAUGAAGGUCUAGAUGAAGGUCUAGAGAAAACCAGGCAGACCCUCAAUGAAAAAAUCACCCAACUCAGUUCCGCAAUUGACAACAUAUCCUCAAGAUUGAGAGGUGGCAACAAUUCACCUAAAAUAUCAAGGAAAACUGAUCUUGAGGGCUCUCUUGAGAAGGAUUCAGCCGAUACAACUCAGGCAUAUAUAUAGGGAGUACCAUGAGUACUAGCCCAGUUGGUGAAGAUGGGAGCAAGCAGUUUAUUCUAAAUUUUUUUUUUUUUAUCUUUCCUCAGUAUCAUGGUUUUAUGUUCUACUCUGUUGCGAAUAUUAUAGGGUUUCAUACCCCCAAGACAUCCUUAUGUGAAUUGAUGUUUGGUAGACGCAAUACCGUAAGUAUGCUCCUAAGAAAAUGAUUUUUCGCUACGACAAGAACAUGUUGAAAAAAUGAGCUUUUUUUUCUGAAGGCGCAUCACCUGCGACUGUAUGGAUGGUAAUGAGUUGUCAAAAAAUAAUGAGAUUGUAAGUGGUUCUAAUGAGAUAAACGAACUACAAUCUAACUUUGAGGGAGUUUGGGAUCUUGGAGUUGAAGAAGAUGUUGAGGCACCAGAUCUUAAAUUGGGAAUGACAUUUAGAAACCAUACUGUAUUUAGAGUUGCUUUGAAGGAAUGUUGCAUACAACGUGGCUUUGAUUAUCGCUACUUGCACAAUGACAAGAAGAGGAUUACUAUAAGGCCAACUCAUCAAUGUUCGAUGGAGGAAAUAAAUCGUCUUGUGGAUUCUAGAUACUUGUGCGAUAAGUACUUAGAUGACCUUAGAUACAAUCUCAACAUACCGAAUGAUGCCUUUAUGGAAAGGGCAUUUAGAGAGUUGUCUUCUAGAGUUUCUAGAUUUCAAGCUUACAGAACAAAGAAAAAGGCCGAAAUUAUUGGUCAAGGGGAUUUCAAAGCUCAAUAUAGGUUUGUGAGGGAUUACUGCAACAUGAUUUUGUUUACUAAUGAAGGUAGCACUGCUUGUGUGGGCGUGGAAGUUGUGCCACCCAAGGUGAUAGAUGGAAUUCCACAACAAAUGAGUCAUACGUUUGAGAGAAUGUAUGUGUGCUUUAAUGCACUGAAGGUUGGGUUUCUUAGUGGUUGUAGACCUAUAAUUGGCAUUGAUGGUUGCCAUUUAAAGGGACCGAUAGGUGGGCAUAUACUAUCUGCUAUAAGUCUUGAUGGGAAUGAUAACAUGUAUCCUAUUGCCAUUGCUGUUGUGGAAGCUGAAACAAAGAACAGUUGGAAAUGGUUUCUAGACUUACUUCAUAGAGACAUUGGUCAUACUAAUGACAAGAAUUGGGUAUGGAUUUCUGACAAACAAAAGGGGUUAGUGGAAGUAUUUGAUGAAGAAAUGCCUUAUGCAGAACACAGAUUCUGUGUAAAGCAUUUAUAUGAGAAUUUUAGAAAGGAGUUUAAAGGAAAGGAAUACAAGGAAGCUUUUUGGGUAGCCGCAAGAGCAAAUACGAUCAAAGAAUGGGAAGUAAAAAUGAAGAAUCUUCAGAAAAUGGAUAAUGGUAAGGCAUUUGCUUGGUUGAUGAAGUUUAACCCCACAACAUGGACAAGGUCACACAUGAGUGCACAUUCUAAGUGUGACCUUUUGGUCAAUAAUGUAUAUAGGGAAGAAGGGAUGCAGAAAUAUCCUGGACCUAUUUGUCCUAACAUUCAAGGUAAACUAGAGAAAAUUAAAGUUGACGGCAGAACUUGUAAAGCUACAGCAGUGGGAAUCCUAAAAUAUGAGAUUGAAGGAGGUGGUCCGACUAGGACUGUUGACUUGGCUGCAAAGGUAUGUUCUUGUAGGCAAUGGGACAUAAUUGGAAUCCCCUGCAAACGUGCAGUUGCAUGCAUAUGGAAGAACAGAGAGAAUCCAGAAGACUAUGUUGACAGUUGCUACUCAAAGGCAACAUUUUUGGAUACAUAUAAAGUGAAAAUGGUUCCAAUUCCUGGAAUGGAUGAAUGGGAAUCAGUUGGUCUAAAUCCAGUUGAGGCACCUAUUAUUAGAGAACCACCUGGGAGACCAAGAAAGGUUAGAAAGAAGGCAGUUGACGAACCAAGAAACCCUUACAAAGUUUCAAGGAGAAACAAGCCUGUCAAGUGUGGAAAUUGUAAUCAAGAGGGACACAAUUCUAGAGGUUGUAGAGCUGCUGUAACUGGAGAAACAACAUGGCAAAGGAGGAUGAGAAAACAAGCAGAAAAAAGGGUGGUUAAUGUACCAAGUUACCAAUGUAGAACAAGCACAAGUUAUUGCCAACCCAGAGCAAGCACAAGGCAAGACUAUUGUUAAUGUAGAGCAAGGAAAAGGCAAAGCUGUUGCCAAGGAGUUGAAUGAACAUUCACAUGUUAG